AUGGCGGCCCCGAAAGAAGCGACAGAGGCGCAAAUUGCCCACCAGGCGCUCCUCGACGAGCUCGAUAUCCACUCCAUUCACAAGAGCUUCCGCAACGCGUCCUGGAGACCUAACCAGCGCCGCAACAAGAACAUCAAGACCAUCCUCGGCGACGCUUCCCGCCGCGAGGCCUCGGCUUUGGCGACCCCGCAACAAGAAGAAGCGAGCGCCGCGGCCACGCCAACGACAGACAAGCACGGCGGCGGCGGCGGCGACGACGGCCUCUCGACGAGCGGCACCUCGACGCCCGCAAACGCCACCGGCAACGACAACGACAAUCCCAACCUGGCACAGGCCUCGCGCAGUCUGUCGAAGCUCGUCUUGGAAAAGAGCUUGCGAUCCAACGGUGGCAGCGGCGGUCCUGGCCCGAGCGUGACGUAUACCAACAUCGAGUCGGCGCCGUCACUGGCGCACACGAGGCGGUACUGCGACAUCACGGGCCUGCCGGCACCAUACGUGGACCCCAAGACCCGGUUGCGGUACCACGACAAGGAGGUAUUUGGAUUGAUCCGGACCCUGCCGCAGGGCGCGGCCGAGCAGUACCUUGAAGCGCGCGGCGCGCAUACCGUCCUCAAAUAG